AUGGCAACUUUCGUGAGGCAUGCGCUGGCGCGUAGAGAAGAGGAUGAGGAUACUUACACAUGGGAUACUUCCAACCGCGACGACGAUGAUGUCUACUGGUGGUAUAGUAGGGAAGGAUACAUUGUCAAGUGGACCAUUCUCGCUGUGAUAGUCCUGGCCUUUACACUCUGGAUUGUUGGCGGAUACUGGCAUGCGAAGAAGAGGAUUCAAAAGGGUUUGCGACCGUUAGCAUAUCAUCGAUGCUUCGUUAGUAGGAACAUGAUGGCCCAAGUCGAUCCCCGAUACGCCUACCCGCCGCCGAACACAUACUACUACGCUCCACCAAAUGGCUACUAUGGUCAGCAACAAGGCGGUUAUCCCAUGCAGAACAUGCCUCCUCCGCCAGUCUACGAUCCCUCACGACCGCCCGUGUACGAAGAACCUCCCAACGGCGCCAAGAUUGAUCCGUCGCAAGGGCAACAGCAGAGAGGCGUGGAUGGACCUGCGGAUUAUUAUGCUCCUCCUGCUGGGCCUCCUCCUCCGCGAUGA